AUGCUCUACUUAUUAACCAACUUAUUACUUAUUUUUGAAAGAAAAAGAACAUAGUAAGGUAUCCCAUAUUUGUGUUGAUUAAGGUCAUGGCCAAACCUCAUGAACUCAAACCAAUCUACGCCACUCUUCUGGACACAUGUUCUUCUUCCGCAAAAAACACAAACAACCUCAAAAUAAUCCACGCUCGCACCAUCAUAUUGGGUAUUUCACACCAUGAUUUCAUUCGAACCAAGCUUCUAUCUUGUUAUGCUUCAUGUUCCCAGUUGCACCAAGCUAAUAUCCUCUUUUCAUUCACGAAUCGCCAACCCGUUUUCCUCUUUAACUCUCUCAUCAGAGCCUAUUCAUCUCUUAACAUGUUCUCUCAUUCUCUUUCCCUUUUUCGCCGAAUGGUUUUUUCUUCUAAACCGUUUGAUCGCCACACUUUGCCGGUUGUACUGAAAUCUUGUGCUGGGUUAUCGGCUUUGAGGCUGGGGCGACAGGUUCAUGGAGCUGUUUUGUUUAAUGGGUUUGGGUUGGAUUUGAAAAAUUCGAAUGCUUUGAUACAUAUGUAUUAUAAGUGUGGACAUUUGGAUUUUGCACGCAAAGUGUUUGAUGGAAUGUGGGAAAGGAAUGUGAUUACUUGGUCGACGAUGAUGGCGGGGUAUGGAAUGCAUGGUAGGUUUGAAGAGGUUUUUGAGAUGUUUAAUAGAAUGGUGGAAGUAGGAGAGAGGCCAGAUGGUGUUACUUUUACUGUAGUUUUGACUGCAUGUAGUCAUGGGGGUUUUGUAGAGAAAGGGAAGGAAAUAUUUGAGAUGAUGAAGGUGGGGUUUGGGGUAAAACCUGAGCUGAGACAUUAUACGUGUAUGGUGGAUAUGUUGGGGAGGGUUGGUCUAGUGGAAGAAGCAGAGAAGUUGAUUUUGAGAAUGGAUGUUGAACCUGAUGAAGCUUUGUGGGGUGCUCUCUUGGGGGCAUGUAAAACUCAUGGGAAGGUUGGUGUGGCUGAGAGAGUUGCAGAGAGGGUUUAUGGGACAGAACUUAGUGUUGUUGCAUCCUCAAUUUGAAUUUUAAUAUACCCAAAUUUUGGUCAUUGCUUAUGGGAUCAAGUGCUGGAAAAUCAGCUAGUAUGAGAUAGAGAUAUCAAACUGUAUCAGUAAGUGAAGAAUAUGUGCAGACUGCCCCAUUUAGCACAGUGUGUCACAUAGGCAAAAAUCGGUGUUAAUGAUUGGAGAUUGAGGAAGAUGGAGAGGAUUUGUGUUAUGUUGUUGAGGCUUCUGAGUGUUGCUGGUGUGAACGUAAGCUAUAAGGCUAGGGAGAAAGCGUUGAAGGUGGCUCUUGAUUGGAAAGUGAAUUUGAUGGGUGAUUAUGGAAAUAUUUUGAAGGCGUUGGGGUUUAUCGAUGUGGUUUAUGCGUUUGGUAUUGUUUCUGAAUUCAGAAUGGAUGAGCUUGUUGAAAUUUCUGCCGUGGCUGCAAUUAAUUGUGAGUUCAUGCAGCUUUGUCGUGAUAUUGGUUCCUGAGAUUGUUCAGAAACUUGUUAAUAGGGGCAAAUAUGUUCUGGCUGUGAAGUAUGUUUUUGAGUUUAUUCUUGCUAAUAAGAUUCCACCAAUUCCUAUUUUGAAAGCAUGCGAGGAUGCAUCUAAGAAACUUACUACAAGCUGGCAUUGAAUCAUUCCAAAUGUAUAAGUGACCUGCUCUACAUAGAACAUUCGUGCAAGUUAUUGGCUCUGCACCUUUUGAGGAAAAGUUGAAGUCUUAGGGGACAUUUGUUUCAUGAAUUUCAAUUUUAUUCCCACGAAUAUGACUUUAAUUUUUUGCAUUUCCAUGUUUGUUUAAAGUAUUUAUAAAUUAUGCUUUGGAACUUUUUA